AUGGUGUCGGCAAGAAGCGCGGUGGCGGCGCCAUCCUCCAUUGAUGGAUCCGGCGUUGGUGGCUUUCCCAAAGAUAGAUGGAUUUUGUUCCCUCAUUCACCGUCUCAAGCCUGGUUUGAUGCGGCUGGCAAUGAUCCCUCUUCUCCUGUAUCAUGGACUGAGAAGAGGAUCCUAUGGACAGAGAAAGAGGAUCUUAGAUUGAUGAGCGUUUGGAUAGAACAUUCAACAGACUCUACCUAUGGAGCCGAUAAGGGUGGUAACCGGUAUUGGGGUGAGGUUGUUGAAUCCUACAACAAGACUACCCCACCAUUUCGAAAGAGAAAUCUGAAGCAAUGCAAGGAUAGAUGGCACAAGAUUAAUAGGUGGACAAACCUCUUUGAAUGUGCUUAUGUAAAGGUUCGCAGAGUAUUUACAAGUGGAUAUUCUGAUCAAAUGUGGAUUGAUGCAGCCCACAAGUUCUAUGUGGAGGACAACAAAGAUGCAAAACUAGGACCCUUUGUUGGGAUUGAGGUUUGGAAAAUUUGUCGAGAAGUGUCAAAGUGGAAAACAUACAAUGAAGAGCUGAGGAAUGCACACAAAUUAGGCAAAUUCGGGGAGGAAACAAAUGCAAACCGUAUGAAGAUAUUGGGCUGCAAGAAAAGCUAUCAUCCGAGAAGCUUGAUACCACAAAACUUGCCCACCUUUAUUGCACAAGAGACCAAAAAGGGAAAGAUGCUUGAGAAAGAAUCAAAGAUGAUGGAGGCUUAUAACAUGACCUCAUCUUACAAGAUACAAGUUCAAUGUCCAAUGUGGAAAAGGCGGAGCGAGUUCUUUGCCAUGAAGUGUCUUAGGAAGGCCCUUUUUCCUGAAAGUAACUAA